UUCCUACAUUAUUUCUGCUCAGAGGAGAGAGCGAGCGGUCUUAGUUUGAACAAAAUGGCUGCAAGAACGCUGUCAACGAGAGCUCACUGAACGCAUUAUGACUGUCCACUCCUACAUUUGGAUUUUUCGAGAAUGUAUUUUCUUGGAUUCGUUUUUCAAUUUGCAUUCGUAGUAGCAAGGUCGUCGGUCAGAUGUUGUUGCUAACCUGCUAGCUCCUCAGCUAGCGGCCUAAACACAAAUUAUUUCAUUUUGCACUUUAACCCAAGUUUCCUAGCUAGCUAGCCAUUUUCGUCGACAAUUUACUGAAAUCUGCCUAUUUACUUUCAUUUGCAAAUUACUCCUUACAACAGUCGAUGACUAAUGCCAACUAGCUAACGUUAACUCCGCUACUUUUCGAAUCGGAAUUGUUUCUCUUGCUUUUUCGUCUUGCUGCUUUUUUUCUAUAUCGUGAUACUUUAACGUUUAGCAUGUUUUUUUGUUGCGAAAAUUGUACUUUUAGUGCAUCGUUGCGCUAAAAUACAAAGUUCUUACUGUGUGUUUUUCCAAGUAUCGAUCUCGGUAUUUUUUGUUAAGCUGCUCAAACAGUUAUCCAGUCAGUAAGCCCCUGCAGCAGGAGAGCUGAACUUGGCUAAUGCUAGCUAGCUGGAUAACUGCGAAGACUGAAUUCCUGAUUUGUCAUUUACGGGUAUUUUUCGGAAAAGGCACAGCAGAAUACUUUUCUGCAUCAUUCGCUGUCAUGCACCAACUCUGUAUUGAAAGCUGCCAAAGCUCAACGUGUGCUUACGCAAGCUGAAAGAAGCGAACAACACGAGAAGAGAACCAUUUGAUGGAAGAAAAUAAAAAGKAAGAAAAGACCAAGAAGGAAGCUGCUCAGAAACAGGCUGCUGACACGAAAACCAAAGUGCCAGAGCCAGCUAAGCCCAGCCCCGGUCCCCUCCACCACCCCACCACCAGUGUGACCCUGCCCCAGGCCUCACAUCCCCCCUCCUACUCCUCUUCAGUCAGAACCAAUGGGAAGCGCGCCCCCCCUAGCACCCAGCAAACACCACAGCAGCUGACCCCACCUCCGCCGUCGUCGUCCUCAGGCCCCCGCUACCCGCCCCGUGAGGUGCCCCCGCGUUUCCGCCAGCAGGAGCACAAGCAGCUACUGAAGAGGGGUCAGCCACUGCCAGCCGGAGCCCUGAGUAGCCUCACCGUGACCCCUGCCUCUGACCCGCUCAUCCCCGGUGCCCCCGCUUCUUCCUCCUCCGCAGGCAAGCGCCACACAGACCUGCCCUUCCAGAGUGGUCCUGGUGCCCAGUAUGAGAAUCCCCACUGGGGAGCCUUACCACCAGCCACCGACCGCAGCAACACCACCACCAGUAGUAGCUGGGAUCAAGUGAUCAUCGACGGGAGCGACACRGAGGCCUGGCCCUCCAUCAGUCGCAGCAGCGUCAGCCGACCAGCGAAUCCUCCAGAAUGUGCCACAGCCGCUGACUGUACGAACCCAGAGACCAGCAGCAACAUGAGCAUGGCCGCGGGGGCUACUAGCCAGCAGGCCCACUACCCCUCCUCUCUCAAAGCUAACGUCGCUAACGUAGCUAGCAUGAUGCAGCCUAGCYGUGGCCAGGGAGUUGGAGCCAUCGGCAGCAGGGGCUGGGGCUCCGGACCAGGCCCCAUCACCAUGGGCCCCACUGAGGGAGCCAAACCCGACGGCCUUGGGCCCAACAUGGGUCGGAGUGGAGGAGCACCCAGCUGGAACUCCCAGCCCAGCUUUAGCCUGAACCUGAACCCCAACGCCAACCCCUCGGCCUGGCCCGUGCUGGGGCAAGAGGGGGCUGGAGGUGGCCCGAACCCCGCCUCACUACCACCCAACGGUAGCCUGGGAGGGGACGAGAACAACAGCAGCAGCACCUGGGGAGGCAUGAUGAGCCCUGAUGCCCCGUCCUCCAAUAAGAAUGUGUCUUUCAYCAGCAUGGAACACCCCAACCUUAACACUGACGGACAAAACAGCCAUCACACUAAGCAACCCCUCAGCCCCAUCCACGGUCUGCCCGGCUGGGGAGGCCAGUCCCCUACUGAGUCCUCCCAGCUCAACGGAGACUCAGGGAGCUCCGUCUGGGGCAACGGAGACACCAAGACAUCCGCUGACUCCUCCUCCAAGAACUCAGGCUGGGACUCAGCACCCUCCGGAGGCAUGUCCGGCUGGGGCCACUCUGGCAGCGGGAGUGGCAGUGGAGAAGGAGGCUGGGGAGGAGACUGGGGGAAGCACUCCAGCGGUGGAGGAGAGGUCAAAGGAGGCUGGGAUUCCUCAGAUGGCCCAGCCCAGGACCAGCAGGUGAGCUCCUGGGGCCAGCCAACCCCGGCCCCGGCUAGUGAGGGUAGCGGGAGCGGUGGCAGCGAGGGGCGCAUCCAUCGCAGGGAUCAGACUGGCAGCGAGGACGGAGGCCCCCCUUCCCUGCCUCGGCAGGACCUGGACCCCCGUGUGCUCUGCAACACAGGCUGGGGCCAGACGCCCGUCCGCCAGCACACCUCCUGGGAGAUGGAGGAGCAGCGUGUCGCCAACGAGAGGAAGACCAGCGAGAUGAGGGGAGGCGGUGGAGGGGACACAUGGAGGGGCUCCAACAGCCCCUCUUCCGGAUCCCCACCGGAUCCCCGGAACGGGGGAGCCAACCCCAACCUAGGACCAUCUCAGAYGCCAGGCUCWGGGGGCUCCGGAGGCAAGAGCGAAGGCCCCUCAGGCUGGGGAGGCCCUCCACCCUCAGGCUGGGGGGAGCAGCCUGUCAACAAGGCCCCCAACGGUUCCGUCAGUGGCUGGGGGGACCCCAUGGCCCAAGGCCCCAAUACCACAAACAAUGGCCCAAAGAGUGGAGGUCAAUCCUGGGGUGUCCCUGAGGAGAAGUCCUCCCCUACCUGGGACGACGGGCCAGCCAAGACCCAGCAGAACCAAACCCAGAGCUGGGGAGAGGGGCCCAAGUCCUCCUCCCACGGCUGGGGCUCCGGCCACGGAAGUGGCAGCAAUGGAUCCAACGGCUCKAACGGCGGAGAGUGGAGAGAACCGGCCGAGGUGAAGAAGAAUGGGUCCUCCAGCCACAUGUGGGAAGGAGAAGGAGGAAAUGGACGAGGAGGGUGGAAGGACAGCCCCAGAGGGGGUGGAGGAAAUGGGYGCGGCUGGGGGUCGAAGCCUGCCCCUGCUGUUGGAGUUGGUGGCUGGGGGGAGACCCAGACCCAGCACCCCAACGGCCCAGCACCAGGAUGGGGCUCCAAGCCCCAGGAAAGCCCCAGUGGCCCAGCACCAGGAUGGGGCUCCAAGCCCCAGGAAAGCCCCAGUGGCCCCAGCACCAAGGAUGGGCUCCAAGCACCCAGGAAAGCCCCAGGUCCCCACCACCAGGAUGGGCUCCAAGCCGCAGAAAGCCCCAGCGGCCCAGCACCAGGAGGGGCUCCAAAAGCCCCGAGGAAAGCCCCCAGCGCCCAGCACCAGGAGGAUGGGCUCCAAGCCCCAAGGAAAGCCCAGCGGCCCCAGCACCAGAUGGGGGUGCCAUUUGGCUGGGGGGAGCUGCCCAGUGUCCAGCAGCCCAAGCCAGAGCCGGCAUGGGGGGAGCCCGCUGGCCCCUCUCCUGCAGUGGACAACGGCACCUCUGCCUGGGGCAAACCCCCUGGUGUUCCUGGAGGCUGGGGCGAUGGGGGGCACGAGCCCAAUGGACCCUACAGGAGGGGAAACAACGGACCCUCUGGACCUGCACCCUGCAAGCCAGCCCUCAAAUCUAUGCAAGACGGUUGGGGAGGUGGGAGGGAGGAGGAGAUGGGCAUGUCUUCUGGCCAAUGGGAUGCUGAUGCCGGAGACAUGUGGAACAGCCCCGCCUCCCAGGAGAACAGCACCUCCUGUAACUCGUGGGGCCAGCCACCCAAGAAGGGCCCGCCCAAGGGCAAGAUGGGCAACCAGCCAGACGAAGCCUGGAUCAUGAACCGUCUCAUCAAGCAGCUCACUGACAUGGGUUUCCCGAGGGAUCCUGCUGAGGAGGCUCUGAAGAGCAACAACAUGAACCGCUGGACCAGCCAUGACUUGUAUCUGAUGCAGAGUGGAAUGUUGGGCAGUAGUGGAGCAGCACUAUCCCGGGCCAUGCAGCAGCCUCCUCCUCAGCCGUCAGUGCCGCCUCUCGGCUCCUCCCAGCCUAGUCUACGCGCUCAAGUGCCUCAGUUUCUCACCCCUCAGGUUCAAGCACAGCUCUUGCAGUUUGCUGCAAAAAACAUUGGUCUGAACCCUGCACUUUUAACCUCACCAAUAAACCCUCAACAAAUGACCCUGUUGUACCAACUUCAGCAACUGCAAAUGGCGUACCAGCGUUUACAAAUCCAGCAGCAGAUGAUGCAAGCUCAGCGCAACGUCUCCGGUCCCAUCAGACAACAAGAGCAGCAAGUUGCACGUACAAUCAAUAACAUGCAGCAGCAGCAAUCCAACGCGCACCAGCGUCAGCUGUACCAGGCCUUGCUGAUGAAGCAGCAGCCCCCCGUCCCACUCCUCCUCCGCCUGCACCCCGGCCAAGGCAAAUCAGCCCUGGACUCGUUCCCAGGCCACCCCCAGUCUCCGGGCCUCUCCGACCUGCACACCAAAGAGCCGCAUUCUUCUCCCAGCUCCUACAGCCCCUACCCCCUCUCUGGACUCAAUCUAAACAUGAAUGUAAACUGCAUGGAGGUGGGGGCCUGUCCAUGAAGGAGCCUCCCCAGCCCCGCCCGUCUGUCCCAGUGGACCCACCCCAACUCCAUGGACAGCCUCUCUGGAAACUCCUCCCACAUGGAGGCCAACCUCAAUAAGCACGGUGCCAUUUCUGCUGCUUCUAAUCUGGGCCCCCCUGGAAAGCCCCCCCACAUGGAUGACUCCUACAGCCCCUACAGUAUGAUGGGUGGGUCUGAGUCCCCCACCUCCCCCCUGGUUCCCCCUGACAGCUGGGGCCAGGGACCGGGAAAGAGCCCCAAGGAUCAGAUCACCAACGGAACAAAUAUCAACUGGCCCCCAGAGUUCUGUCCAGGCGUGCCCUGGAAGGGCCUGCAGAACAUUGACCCUGAGAACGACCCCAACAUGACCCCAGGAAGUGUUCCCAGCGGCCCCACCAUCAACACCAACAUCCAGGACGUCAACCGCUACCUGCUCCGGGACCGCAGCGGAGGCUCCUCCCCUCCUUCACCGCCUCAGAACGGUGCUCUGCCCCCCUCCACGGACUGGCCAGUCAGUGGCUGCUUCACUAGCUCUUUCAGUCUGUCCUCCCCGGAUGAGGAGAGUGCAGGUACAGACCACAGCCCCCUAGGGGGUUCCAGCCCCCUAUGUGGACAAGCUGACCCCUUGACCCAUGGUAAACUAUCUGACAUGAAGUCCACCUGGUCCCCGGGGCCCAUCUCCCACCCCUCCCAGGCCUCUCUGUCCCACGAGCUGUGGAAGGUCCCCCAGGGGCCCCGCAACAACACAGCCCCCUCCAGGCCACCUCCGGGCCUCACCAACCCCACCAAGCCCUCCUCCACCUGGGGAGGAAACUCCCUGGGCCUGGCCCAAGGCUGGAGCAGCUCAUACACCUCAGAGGGCACAACCUGGAGCACAGACAGCUCCAACAGGACCAGUAGCUGGCUGGUACUGAGGAACCUCACCCCCCAGAUAGACGGCUCCACCCUGCGGACGCUGUGCAUGCAGCACGGCCCCCUCAUCACAUUCCACCUCUUCCUGACCCAGGGCAACGCUGUGGUGCGAUACAGCUCCAAGGAGGAGGCUGCCAAGGCCCAGAAGUCCCUGCACAUGUGUGUUCUGGGGAACACCACCAUCCUGGCAGAGUUUGCUGGGGAGGAGGAGGUGAACCGCUACUUUGCGCAAGGCCAGCAGCAGCAGCAGCUCCCGCCCACCACCAGCUGGCAGCCCAACCCCGGCACCAAUCAGACGCGCAUGGGCGGAGGCUCGCAGCAGCACGCCAUUGGRCACCACUGGAGCAGCGGAGGCCUGGGGGGAGGAGCCAAGACKGGCGGAGGCGGGGACCUGCUGUGGGGGGGUGUGCCCCAGUACUCCAGCCUGUGGGGGCCCCCUAGUGGCGAUGAUAGUCGCGGCGUCAUCGGGAGCCCCAACCCCAUCAACACGCUGUUGCCAGGCGACCUGCUGAGUGGAGAGUCCAUGUAGGACAACACACUAACAAACCAACCAUGAGGAUGGAUGUUUCAACGCUGGAACAGACAGUGGAAAAAUAAUAAUAAAUACACAAAAAAAAUGACAAUGAACAGGAACAAAACCAAGCAAAUCAUGUGGCGAUAAUCAGUAUCAACGGAACUGUGAAUCGUGUACCGGAAGGCUGGGGGCGACGACACAAGACUGCUGACCCCUACGCCCUUCGGUUUUUACGUUUUUUUUCUCUUCUUUUUAAAGGGGAUUUUGUUUUUAGUAUUUGAUAAAUGUUGGAAGCAAACAAAAAUGAAAUGCCGAAAAGACUCAAUGAAGAGAGAACCAUUAAGUGUUUUUAAGUUUUCCAUGAAUAUCGCACAUUCUGUGUGAAGUGUUUUUUAGGAGAAGCAAUCGAAGAGCUGCCAUUUUGAAUCUUUCCUUUGCCCACGAAACUCCAAAUUGAUUAAAAAAAGACCAUUCCCAGCAUGCCCGUGGCCAAUGAUGUGGCUCAAAGACCUUUUACUUAUGUUAUUGUUUUGUUUCCAAGCACUAAUAUUAGCCUUAAGUGCUCUACUGCAGCCCAGGUCCUCCUUCAAUCUCAAGCCUUUUUCAUUGUUUUGAAACUGAAGAGAAAUUGUGAGUUUGAAAGCUUGCACAAUUCCCAUCUCUGAGCCAGUGAAUGGAACAGAACAAGUGUGAUCAACCAAGGUCGUAUUCACUAGGAACGAAACGGAAGCAAGCGGACAAACUGAGGGACUACCUGAACUUUGUCCAAUAAGAAAUGCUUGUUUUCGCAUGCUGUUGCAAAACGUUUUGCCACGUGUGCACCUAAUGAAUAUGACCCCAAGUCACUCGGCAGUAUGAGGCCUGUCAACACUGACCCAACCAAUCAUCAGUUAAAACCUUUUUCUGUUGGUCGUUCAUUUGUUCUUAAAGGGAUUUACACUGCUGUUUUUGUUCUUUUUGUAUAUCAGGCGCAUUUUUAUAUCUAUCGCAACAUAAGCUGAGAGAUUAUUACACAUCGACCGACCUAGCUGCGUCUGUUUUUAUGUGUGUACUUGAGUAUAUGUCUGAUGGAACCUAAUCAUUCACGUCUGGGAGUUCAGAUUACCACUGCUCAGAAGAACUACGACUUCAGCUAUACUCACCUAACGAGACUUACAGGUGCUUCUUGUCAAUUAUUAACAUUAUUUGUCGGUUCCGUUGUUGACCCUCUCGUCCCCAUUAUGGACCACCAGUUUCUGGAAACGACGACAAAAAAAACCCGCUUCAACUUGAUGUGACAGUUACAUUGUGCAAUAUAUACGCCAGACCCUUCUUCCGUCCACGCUCAAGUCGAAACAGGAACUGGUUUCUUUACAUUUUUCGUUCUUGAUAUUUGUUGUCAUUGAUCAAAGCAAAGAACUUAAGAACUACAGAAACUUUACCUUUUCUAAUUUUUGAUUCCCACCAGGCCACCCCCUUGACCCCCCCCCAUGAAAAACUGUUGUGUUAACUCUUGCCGGAGAGGAGGAGCGAGGAUGGUGUUACUAUUAUAACUGUGUGUUCAGAAACUGUCUGCAGCCCUGAAACUCCUCAUACGUACACAUUGAACUGGGGUACAUGAGAAAGCACCAUCAGAAAGCCCUUCCUCUCCGCGUUGCCACACCGAACAGGCUGAAUCCAGAUGGGGAAGUCACUGGAGAUCUGGCACAAUACCAAAUAAGAGGGGUUUCUCCUAAUGCAGUAGAUCUACUACGAGUGUUCCUUGUAUUUGGUACUGUACAAAAAUGUAAAAGAUAGACUAAGUAACCUUUUGUCUAUUUCAAAGGGUUUUAUCAUAGCACUUAUGAAGAGKGCUAAACGCUUCAACUUGCAAACCAAUAAAUCAGAAAAAUGGAGCAGCAACUUUGAAAACUGAAAAAAAGACACAAAAAAGAACUCUUGCUCUUUUUGUACUGUAUCUAUACUUGGAAAUAACUUCUGGUAUUGGUUUGUUUCUCUUUGGUCCAAGGACUUGUAUGAACUUUAAAAUGGUAGCAGGAUGAAGAGAAGAGAAAAAAAGGAAGUCUACUUUUAUCUGACAAAAAAAAAGUCUGCAGUGUUUGAUUUUUUUCUAAAGACAUUUUCUUUUAACUAUAUCAAAGUGAAUAUCACUGUUACUCCAAAAUGUUUAGCCUUUUUCUUGUCUGGAGACGCUAGACAUGCAAUGUUACCUGUCUCCGGCCAACGGUCGGUCGGAGUGGGGAGGAGGACGGUGACGGUCCACUGAGUGCCUCUCUGCUGUGGUGCCCAUGGCGAUGGUCGCUAGGCAAGGCUACCCCACAGCAGCAUUUCCUCCUGGGCUGGCACCAAGCUCUCCCAUUGGACACCCUCAGCCCGGCAGGAAACCACGCUCCCUCCAAGACUGGCCAAUCAGCACGGAGCUAGCUAGCUAACGACCGCGCCAGCAGCACUCGACCUCGUCUCAACCAACCCUCUCCAUUUCCCCUAAUCUUCUUUCACACAAAGAUCACUUUAGCUGGAAGUCAAGAGACAGUCAAAUUUCUGGAAUUUUGCCAGUGUUUGAUGAAUUUUAUUUAGUUUUCGUUUGACGUUGUGUAUUUUUUGAUUUGUUAUUUUUGUCUACAUGCAGUGGUCUUUUCAAGAUGGCUGCUUGAAACUAGCCCUUUUCACUGUUCAUAUGCAGAAACACUUUGGUCAGAGGUGCCUCUGUAUGUUCAUCCUGUGUAUUGAAUGCAAACGAGGAUCAAUACUACAGCCCGUCAUUGAUUGUCUAUUAUUAGUUAGUAUCUUAACUGAUUGAUUGAUCAUUGCUUUGUUUUGGACAGUAUUCUGUAGUACUUCCAGGUAGUAUCUCAAGACGUGUAAGUUAGACCAAUAGGGUGUCUCYGAUGGGUGAGUGUGUCCUGCCUGACCCUAGCUGCUCCACCUGGGUUCCACCAGGGCUGUCCCCUCUCGCCCCCUCACACAGCUGCUACGCUACACCCUCCAGUCCCCUCCAAAGCAACCAACCUAGACCACGGCCAUGGCCCUCCCCUUGACCAGACAUAAACAGCGACUCAGUUCUGUUUCUAUGCAAAAGACUAGAGGCUGCGGGCCCUUUACAGCCAACGUGCCAAUCCUGCCUUAAGGGUUGAGCACCGACUCACAGAGCUAGACCCAACAACCUCCUGCUGUAUGUACCCUUCAGCACUUAGAAUAUGUCCGCUCCUGGUCCUUAUAGCUGGGUUUAAACCACAACACUGUCGUAUUCCAAACUUCCACCCUCCCUCUAUGGGGAGUUAGUACCACUAGAGUGGAGGUAUAGUAGGCCUCUCUUUACUGUGCUGAAGAAGACUGAUCUCCUGUCAGCUUGAUCUCAGGGUAGGAGACGACGUUAAAAGAUGCAGCUCUCUGUAUGUAUGUCUUUUUGCUGUAGUGUAAGAGAGCCAAGUUCUACACUAACUAAUGGCAAGCUGUGCAGUAGUACUAUAGACUUGUUUUGGCUGGAGAAUUGUUUUUGGGAACGGGAUAGUAAUGAAUUCCCUUCCCAACUAUAGGCCUACUGUAAUGUUACAAUGUAGAGGCCCAUUAUGCAUGUAAGAUGCCAAUGUUAUCCUAUGUGCCAAUACAAUCAAAUUAUAUAGAUCUCAAACUAGCCCAUGUUAUACGAUCUGGAGAAAGAGCUCUUCUCUUCCCAGGAUGGAGGAUCUUUGAUAACCUUUGUGAUGGAGGAUCUUUGAUUUACCUUUGUGAUGGAGGCUCUUUGAUUUACCUUUGUGAUGGAGGCUCUUUGAUUUACCUUUGUGAUGGAGGCUCUUUGAUUUACCUUUGUGAUGGAGGCUCUUUGAUUUACCUUUGUGAUGGAGGCUCUUUGAUUUACCUUUGUGAUGGAGGCAGGGGGGCAGGAGGGAUCAAACAGAUGGGUGGGGGCAACACACCUCAUCCUGAACUACUGAGAUAAUAUGGCCGGGUCUCAAAUGGCACCCUGUUCACUAUGUAGUGCAUUAUAUAGGGACAUAGGGUGCCAUUUGUGGGGAAUGCCCUGUUGUUGAGGAUAUAAUCUUUACUAAGUUUGGGGGAUCCAAGUAUCCUACGGUGCACAGUCAGUUUGAUGUUGGGUAAUCCUGGGUACAUAUUUUUUUAAACCAAAAAUGAAUUUCUUGCAUUUUAACGUAAUUUUAAUAUGAAGUUUGACAAAAAAAAUCUUUAAAAAAAAUCUUUUAAAAAAAUAAACAGACUAAAAUAAAUAAAAGAUCUAUAAUAUGUUAACUUAAGCUCUGCACUUCUAGCUGAAAUGUCUCCAGUCCAGCAACCUCUAACUUCUACCAUCCAGGGAGUCAGAAUGCAGGCUGGGGAGCCUUUUUGUGGAUGCUGUAUUUAUCCUAUUUGUUAGUGUUUCCUCUCAAAGCGGACCCACAACUGUAUAUUUCCACAGACCCAGAUGACUUCGGGCCCACUGUAUCAGCCCAGGUCGCUCGCCUCACUGUGUCUGCGGUAGGCAACGAGAGGGGGCGCAUUUCAAAAGGUACAAAGUCUUAAAAAAAAAAAAAUACUAAAAUGGCAUAAGGCUACCUUUUUGGGACUGUUCGGCGUCCUGCAGCACACUAGCAAAAAUCACUAUUGCCUGUUUCUGUAACUGCCUUGAUCCAAGCUCAGAGAGACCAAUUAGCCGGGUGGGGGCCUCCAAACGUCCGCUCGGUGUGUGUGCACCAGCACUGAGGGGCACGCCAUGCUCUCUCUCUACUGCUUAACUAUAGAUAUAUACGGAUAUGUACGUACGGUGUGUGGUAGGUAGCACAUCAACAGACACCUUGGAUCUCAAUCUCUGAAACCUUUUUAUUCCUUUUAAAAGGUCUGGGUUCAAUACAAACUGAAGAUGAGCAAUAUGUAUUCCCCCCGCAAAUAAGUGAUAUGAAGGAAAUGGAAUGGGGUUAGGGGUUAAACUGGUACUUGAUGGAUCAUGAGUAAUGUCUUUCCUACCUGGAGUUGGAUAUGCACGUUCUGGAUUUAUGAACAUAUUACAGUAAGUACCUUGAACUACUUGUACUGUAUGUGAAUUUGUCUAAAUAACCCAACCUGAAAUCACCUGUUUUUUAAAUGCAUACUUUCCCAGUAGAGAAAAAUAUCAUUAAACAUAUCAACACAAAAAUAUAAACACAAAUACUUGAAUCAAGGAGCGCCAAUAACGUAAUGUGAAGUCUCUUUUGUAAAAAGAAAAAAACAAAAAAAACAAAUUGACUAGUACACUUCCAAGCUUUUUGAGGUCAUCAAUUAAAAAAUAUAUAAAAAUAAAAAGAUUGGAGAAAAAAAGUGCAAAAAUCAUUUGGUUGUGUGCUUGAAAGUCAAAUGUAUGUGUGCAAACAACUGUGUGCUUGGCAGGCUUAGGACUGCUGUCAUGUUCCAUUCAGUAUGUUGUGUAUUGACAUUGUUGUCUGUUCUUUUAUUCAGUUUAUUUGUUGCUUGUCAAAACUAUAUUCUGAUAGACAUUUAUCUUCUAACGUUGCACUGAGUGUCUUCUACCCCUCACUCAGCUAAUCGUAGACAAACGAGGGGAGAGGGUGACAAUUCAUGUGUAAAUGUUUACUCAAGGACUUAAUGGAAAAAAAGUUUUUGUUUUAUCUGUAAAAUGUUUAUCUACCUUAUAGUGGCUUUUAUUGUGGAAUAAUCCAAAACAAGGAUUAUCAUUGAGUAUUGCACCAUUUUGUUCUGAUUACAUACAAAUGUAAUGAAAAAAAGACAAAAAAAAUGAUCUAAGAAUUGUGGCCAUAGAUAGUAGGACUAGUAAUCUCUAUGUUAACUUCAUGGAGAAAGGGAUAAUGUGGGGAGAUGAGUUUGUUACAGGACUCAUUUCAGAGGUGCCUAUUUUUUUUUUUUAUGCAUAGCCACCUGUCGUUUACAAACAUUUCAUUUGUCUGAAGUUGAGGAACAAGGAAUUUAGAAGAAAUGUUGAAAAAGACAAAUUCCAUCUUCCAUCAAAAAAUGAACAUAAAACAAACUUUGCAAAAUGAAGAUUUAUGCUACUUUCAGAACUCUGGGAUUGAUCAGUGUUGUCGUAUUUCAAUUUCUAAUUUCUCUUUUUUGAUGUCGACAGACUGUAUGUAUUGAUUUAUUUGAAUUUUGUCUUGUAAAAAGACAACGCAAUUUGCUCACUAUCUUGCACACUCGUAAAGAUGUGGAUCUUGUCUCGGAAAGGCCAGGAUUUCCAGAGUUCAAACUCCACCAUUUGUAUUUAAAUUUGAGAGUUUUAAAUUACAAUAACUUUGAGAAAUGUAACUCCAGGCACUGAAAGUUAGGGAUUUAAAUAGAAUAUGAUAUACCAUUGCUUCUAAAAAAUCCAUAGCGGUUACAUAAUUUACCAAAUAAAUGACUGAAAAUGAACUUUGAGAGAGAAAAAGUGGAGUGCUUUACAUGUAAACAAAAUUGAUCAAUGGUUUUAAUUGUCAAAAGGCAGUGAUAGUUUUACUUAUGCAUUUUCUUUGAGGUUCCAUCCUGUAACUUUCAGGAGCUUUGUGRAUUACUGUCUCUGUUCCUGUGGCAGGUAUUCAAUGAGUUAAGAGAUUCUGUCUAAUAGAUGGUUUUCAGGAGACAGAUUUGAAGUGGAGAGGGAGGGGGGGAUAGCUGGUUUUUAAAGGAUCAUGAUCUAUGCACAAGUGGGAGGGAGAGUCUAGGCCUGCUUUUCUCUUGGGGCCCGGGACUUGUACUCUGGGGUUCAGGGUUUGAUGUAGGGGUGUGUCUUUGUGCUACAAAUUUGCUAUGUUAGAUUUUCUUCCCCCUCAUCAGAUUUAUGGCAAAACUUUCUAUUGCUUCGCCAUGCUGUGUAAUCCUUAAGCAAUGAGCGCUUAUCCUUCUGCUAAAGCACUGUGGGUUAUACUGAGAAAAAGCCCAUGACUUUUAAGGCGGUCUGGUUUUUGUAAAGGGGGGGGGUGGUACUCUGCCUUUUUAUUUAAAAAAACAUUAAGGAGAAAUGUCUGUACUGAGAAAGUUGUGGCUUUAUGUUUAUUUUUCUCCUCAUAGAAUGUGAUUGUUAAUGACAUGCACCGGAAAAAACAUGUUUCCAUGAGUUAUGGAGCUUCUUUCGAACUAUAUUAAUAAAUUGACAUUUUUCUUGGCUGUUAAA